AUGUCUUCUCCUGUCGCUGCUGGUCAGAUCAAUUCUAUCCGAAACUAUUUCAUAUUGUCACCAAAUCAACCACCACGCCAGCCACAGCCACGCAAGUUAUUCCCAGUUUUCAAGAAAAAAGUUGGAGUUUGCCGUACCAAACUUGGUAAACAAUUGUACAACGGAAGUACAAGUGAUUCAAGUGUUGGGUCAGACACUGAGAGUGCUACUAAAUCCGACUUCAGGCAUCGCUACACAUUGUCGGUGAAACGUCGAAUCGUCGUGUACGCUCAGCAGCACGGUCAGCGAGCAGCCGCAAGACAAUACUCAGUACACCACAGUAAUGUCACCAGGUGGAUGAGAGACGAAGCGACCGGGAAGUUGAAUAUUCAACGCGUCUCACGGUAUGGCAACAUUCCCGGAAGUGGUGGCAAACUGUCUUACCCCAAAGAAAUUGAUGACAAGCUGGUAAAAUGGAUUCUAGAACUCCGGGACAAUCAAGUUCCAGUGUCAACAAAUAUGCUUCGCCAGAAAGCCAAAGAACUAAUCCGUCCGCACAAUCCAAUGUUCAAGAGUUCAGCGGGAUGUGCGCGUCAAUUUUUAAGUAGACAUUCUCUGUCGAUGCGACGUCGCACAUCGAUGGCCCAACGACUGCCAACCGAACUCGAAGACAAAAUAACUGCAUUCCAUGACUUCAUUGUUGAGCAAAGACGGACUUACAAUUUUCCACUUGAGCUCAUCGGAAAUAUGGACGAGACCCCGGCAUAUUUUGCUUUGUUGCCGAAUACAUCCAUCGCUCAGCAAGGGACAAAGACGGUCAGUAUUUGCAGCACUGGUGCAGAGAAAAGUCUCCUGACAGUAAUUUUGAUGGUUCUUGCAAAUGGUACGGUUCUACCGCCAAUGAUUAUUUUCAAAGGUGUAAGAAAGUUGAACUUGAAUGUACCAAAGGGCAUGGUCGCCGAAGUACAGAAGAAAGGAUGGUGUGAUACCGAAUUAAUGAAGAUUUGGCACAGACGUAUUUGGCUCCCGUAUACAAAAGGCCGUCAAUCACUCAUCAUAUUCGACUCCUUCCGCGGACAUCUCGAAGAUUCGGUAACCAACCAACUUCAAUCAAACCAGACGUACCGAGCUGUAAUUCCAGGCGAAUGUACGUCCAAACUCCAACCACUUGACGUGUCGAUCAACAAGCCUUUUAAAGAAUAUCUACGUAAGGAAUGGUGUGAGUUCAUCGACAGUCAGCUAAAGGCCAUCGUUCCAGGUGAACGUCCCAAGACAGCUUCAAAACAAGACAUCGUCAACUGGGUUUCACGAGCGUGGGACAAACUUCAAGACAGACCUGACAUGGUGAAGUUGUCAUUCGUCUGUACCGGCAUAAGUAGUGCACUUGACGGAUCCGACGACCCAGACUACCGCUCCGCUUCGAUACAGCAUGAAAUUGAAUCAACAGCAGCCGCUUAG